AGGCUAUAGCAUUUCCGAUCUGCCUAACUGGUUUACUUAGCAGAAUGACUCUGCUUGUUUUGCUUCUCUUUGGCAUUCAGUUGCUAUGCUCCUGGGCUGUCUCUCCUCCAGCCGUGGAACCACCAUCUCUGUUACUUUCCCCUGCAUGUAAUGACUCUGCAACAGAGGCAGCUGCAGAUCUGGCUCUGCGCCAGAUCAAUACCAACCAAAGAGAAGGCUAUGUGCUUGGUCUCUAUCGAAUUUUCAGCGUCCAAGAACAUCCCCAGAAAAUCACUGGUUCUGUCUUCUAUCUCACCUUGGAUGUGGUAGAAACCGAAUGCCAUGUACUCAGCAGAAGGUUGUGGAAGGAUUGUAAGAACAGAGCUAUACAUGAAACUGGUUUUGGGCAAUGCAAAGCAACCCUCUACAUUAACAAGCCAAGGAGAAUUGUUCACCUGCAUAGCUAUGAGUGCACUUUACAGCCAGUUCCAUCAAGCUCAUUUUUACGGAUUUGCCCUGACUGUCCAGUCCCUGGCUGUCCAACGGAGCCCAAGUACCUGGAAACUGCUGCUGUGAGCCUGGCCAAAUUCAACAAGGAAAGUGAGCAAGCUCAUCAUUUCUCUGUCCUUAACGUUACCAAAGCUUCAAUGCAGUGGGUCGUUGGUCCUUCACACUUUGUAGAGUUUACAAUCCAGGAGACAUCCUGCUCCAAAAAUGAAUCCAUUGCUGAUGUCUCCAAGUGCAAACCCCUCUCAUCUGAAUUGGCUCAUACUGGUUUGUGCAAAGGCUCUGUAAUAAAUAGUCAAAUUGAUCAUCAUCAGUUUGUCAGCAUAUCCUGCGAAAUCUACAAUCCACAGGCUCCUGUCCUUGGAGAACGGGAGCAGCACCCUGGCCGUAGAUCUCAAAAACACGAUCAAGAUAACGAUGAAAGCCAUGAACAUCCUCACCACCCCCACAAGCUCCCCCACAACCAUGAGCAUAAGCAAGAGCACAGACAUGAGCAUCAGCAUCCUUCCCCUUCUGAAGCCAGUCACUUCUCCCCACAUCUGGAAAAAACAGUGGGUUGGGUUAAAGUUCUCCCUGCCAAAGAGGAGACUGUGUCUCUCCACGCUUUAUCAGAAAAUCAGAGUGAACAUAUAGAUGGAAAGCCUGUUCCACCGGAGAAGGCAAAGCCAGUGCCAGCCCUUCCAGACACACAUGGUGUGACUGAUGUGACAGGCAGGUCAGAAGGAAAGCCAGGCUUGACCGAGCCUGCUACUGGCCCAGCCAUUCUCCCUUUCCCUGAAGGUCCUUUGCAAUCAGAUGCGUGCCCAGGAAAGCCCAAGUUUGUUAAUCCCAUCAUCCUCCUUUUGCUUCCCAGAGACCCUGUCAAAAUAGCAGUAUCACCACAACAAACUGUGACUGAAUAAGGUUCAUGUUUCCCAUUGGCAUAUAAGAACUUUCAAUUAAUAAAAUGUUCUUUACAGUUAUAGUCUCUGGUGUUGUG